UCAUAAAACUACCCCUGGAAAUGCCCACAACUCCUACGAAAGCCUUGUCAAAUAUGUAUUCUUGGGCGGCGGAAUGUCUCAUAAUACGACUCUACGGUGUGAGAGCUCUUGUGACAUCACCCGGAGAAGAGCGUCAGAUGAAGUGUUCUGCCCUCAACCUUCCUCUUCCCAUAUAGGAACACUAAAGGCCGCUUGGAGUCAUAACCACAAUCUUUCCUUUACUCUGGUGUCAUAUUUCUAGUAAAUAGGUAAAUUUUAUACCUAUGGAAUGUACCGUAGCGCGAAUCAAAACAAACCCCGUUACACAAGGCCGCCCCACAAUCAGCUGGUUAUCAAAGCAGUUGUCAUAGUGAACGAGGACGAGUUAUAUAUAUAGUGAUCUUUGUGCUGUCUGUCCUCCCACGGCCCCUCCCGCCAGACACCAACCACCAAAGCUACUGAAAAUCAACUCCUUUCUGACCACUGACAAGCAAGAUAAGAGCAAAGAUGGCAAUGUUAAGGCUGUUUGCCAGGCCGUCAGUUUUAUAUCUUAAUCCCACGAGAGCCAUCGCCACCACGGCCUCCAAGAAUGCUGGUUUGUUCACCCACGAGCAUGACGAACUGAGGAACUCCAUGAAAAAGCUGAUCGACUCUGAAGUCAAUCCUUACGUUGAUCAGUGGGAAGAGGAGGGCCAGUUCCCCGCACACGAGGUCUUCAAGAAGUUUGGGGAUGCUGGCUUCCUGGGUAUCACCAAGCCAGUGGAGUAUGGGGGGCUCGGACUGGAUUACUCCUUUGCUAUUGCUGCGGGUGAAGCGCUCGGCACCAUCAACUGUGGGGCAAUCCCCAUGGCCCUGGCUGUGCAGACAGACAUGUCCACACCUGCCCUGGCACGGUUUGGGAGCCACCAUGUUAAGGAGCAGUUCCUUGCCCCAAGCAUCACAGGAGAGUUUGUGUCCUGCCUGGGGGUCAGUGAGCCUAGCGCUGGGUCAGAUGUGGCCAACAUCCAAACCACUGCCAAGAGGGUCGGCGAUGACUUCAUCAUAAAUGGCCAGAAGAUGUGGAUCACCAACGCCUUUCAGGCCGACUGGAUGUGUCUCCUUGCCAACACCUCUCAGGGGCAAGCACACAGCAACAAGUCUCUCAUUUGUGUGCCCAUGAAUACACCAGGUAUUCAUUUAGCAAAGCGCAUCAAAAAGAUUGGAAUGCUGUCGUCAGACACAGCCCAGAUAUUCUUUGAGGACGUGAGGGUGCCUGCCAAGAACAUUGUUGGGGAUGAGGGGCUCGGCUUCACUUACCAGAUGAUGCAGUUUCAAGAGGAGAGGCUGGCUGCUGCUGCACUUCUUACGUCACCUCUGCGCAAGUGCCUCGACACCACAAUAGAGUACACAAGGGAGCGCAAGGCUUUUGGAAGGGCAGUCUUAGACAACCAGUAUGUCCACUUUCGCCUGGCUGAACUGGAGACGGAGAUUGAGUGCCUCACUGCCUUGAUUUACAGAGCUGCAGAACUGUAUGCGGAUGGAGAGGAUGUCACAAAGCUGGUAUCCAUGUGCAAGUUGAAAGGAGGCCGGCUGGUGCGAGAGGUCACUGAUUCUUGCCUUCAGUUUUGGGGCGGCAUGGGCUUCACUAAUGAGGUUCUGGUGAGCAGGUUUUUCAGGGACAUGCGCCUCAUAUCAAUCGGAGGCGGCACUGAUGAGGUGAUGCUCGGUAUCAUCUGUAAGUACAUGGGGAUACUGCCCAAGCUUGGCAAGAAGAAGUGAGCUGCCGAGUGACAGGUGUGUCCACAUGUGUAUAAAAAUUGGUGCUGGAUUAGAGGGAUCGGCUGGUGUGGGUGAGGAAGUCCUUCACCGUGGAUGUAGAAUACAGCUGGGCGAUGAGAUUGUUUUCAAGCCAUGCUCAGGGUGCAGCAUUUUACAAUAUGCAACUAGGUAUAAUUGUGUUAAGGUGUAAAUUAGACUGUAAGUAAAGCAGGGAAAGUGUAUAUAUAUUUUUAUCUAAAAUGUAUAACUUCAAAUUUCUUAUUGUCUUUCUCACUCUCUUUGCCAUUGAAAAUGAGUUAGUCUAUUGUUGAUGAAAUUAAAGAUUAUAUUUUCAGAA